ACACAAGAGACGGCCAGAUUGACACAUGCCAAACUAUGCAAUCGAAUCAGGACCAAGCUGAGCGAUGACGAUCGAAUCAAAGGCGUCAUAUAUGUUUUCCGGCAUCCAACCAGUGAUGGGUCUGUCUGGAAAAUCGGCACCACCAAGCGCUUGUACAAUGAACGAUUCGACGAACACAAGAACUGUUGCAAAUUUGAACCAGACCCUUUUCACGUGUCGGCCCAAGAGAUUCAAAACUGCAAUCUCCUAGAAAAGCUUAUACAUAUGGAUUUGUGUUAUCAGGUCAGGUAUCGCUCUUGUACCAACAGGACAAAAGGACAUGACGAGUGGUUUGAAGUUUCGGAAUAUAUGGCGGUCGAGACAGUGAAGAAGUGGGAGCGUUUUAUACACGAAGGGAAGCCGUAUGAUUCACAAGGCAAUCUCAACGUCGUAUGGAGUUAUGUGCUGGAGCAACGGUCCCCAGCGGCUCUCAAUGUACGCGACAUGUCUCACGACGCUCGACACGAGCAGUGGGCUGAUAUACUUGCGCCCCCAACAUACAGCGACUACGUCUAUGCCUACUCAGCAUACGCACGUUCUGAACUCAAAGCCACCUACGAUUGGGUGUACAUGUUCUUCUGGCAACUCUUGACAAUACUGUAUAGCUUGCAUGCGCUCGCAUUGUGUAGGAACCGCCCGGCGUUUUAUGCGCUUGUUUUUGUGCUUGGAUGCGCUGUGUUGCCGAGCUUUCGGCUUCAAUCCACUGAGAAGCAAAAGGUGAGAUCGCCCAAGAAA